GGUAUCAAUCAUAACGAAGGUUUUCAGACGAUCGCCCAGAUGCGAUCCUGCAAUAUAUUUCUUGAGAGGGCGUUGGACAAAUUUUCCAACCGCUACUUCGAGUACGCGGGCGGCGGGAGUCUCCGCAGUAGCUGGCGGGUCUUCGUUGGCGUGUCGUCGAUGACGGCGACGGUUGACAGCAGCGGUGGUUAUCAGUCGCCGCGCCAGCCACGGUGAGGACUCGCAGUCUCGGUGUCCGAUUGUCGCGGGCCGCGGCGCGACGUGUUGUGGACAGACGGUGGCCUGUCGCGGCUCCGUAGAGCGUCGUCGUCGUCGUCGUAUCGCCGCCGCUGCAGCAGCGAGACCACGGCCACGCAACAAUGGCGAUGGGCAAGGGCUUUCGCGUCUACGAGAAGCUGGACUCUCCCAAGCCGCACUCGGUCAUACUCGAGCAGCGGGGCCGCAAGGAGACGCUGCUCUUCGAAUCGCAGGCGGUCGCGGUACUUUCCGCCGAGGAGCACGAGUUCCUAAAGCCGAAGUAUACCAAACUGUUGGACGCGUACGGAUGCCUGGGCAUUCUGCAGCUGAACGCGGGCGAGAACACUCUGCUGUACCUCGUUCUGGUUACCGGAUGCUUCUCCGUCGGAAAGAUCGGCGAGUCGGAGGUCUUCCGAAUAACGCAGUCGAGCUUCGUGCCCCUGUUCUACAGUCAAGGGGCGGAGGAUCGCGUGUCCGAGGUCAGGAAGGUCCUGAACUCCGGGACAUUUUACUUCUCCUGGUCCGCUGGGCAGGAGUCGCUCGAUAUCACCCUGAGCGCUCAGAGAAGAUGCAAAUCGACGACUACGGAUAAUAGAUUCUUCUGGAAUCGGAUGUUGCAUAUUCAUCUAUUAAGAUACGGCGUAGAUACGAGUCAGUGGUUAUUGAAAGCAAUGUGCGGCAGUGUGGAGAUUAGAACCGUCUAUGUAGGACACAGACAAGCUCGAGCGGUGCUCAUGUCUAGAUUAAGCUGCGAACGUGCUGGCACUAGAUUCAACGUUAGAGGAACUAACGACGAUGGACACGUGGCAAAUUUCGUGGAGACGGAACAGGUGAUCUACAUAGACAACGAAGUGACGUCUUACGUUCAGACGAGGGGUUCAGUACCGCUGUUCUGGGAGCAACCUGGUGUACAAGUCGGCUCCCACAAAGUGAAGAUCUCACGCGGCUUCGAGACCUCCGCGCCCGCCUUCGACAGGCAUUUGGAUAUGAUCAAGAAGCGGUACGGCCAGCAAGUCAUCGUCAAUCUUCUUGGCUCCAGCCUGAUCGGCAGCAAAGAGGGAGAAGCGAUGUUGAGCCAAUUGUUUCAAACCCACCACAAUAUGUCGGAGCAUAAGGACGUGCCGCAUGUCCUGUUCGACUAUCAUCAGGAGUGUCGCGGUGGAAACAUGAAGAAUCUAUCGAAGUUAAAGGCAAAAGUCGAAAAGUACCUGGAGUCCUUCUCGCUGUUCUACGCCGCCGGCAAUACCGUGAUUCUCGAGCAGACCGGCACCAUCAGGACCAACUGCCUGGACUGUCUGGACAGAACGAACUGCGUGCAAACGUUCUUCGCGCUCGAGAUGCUGGCCAAACAGAUGGGCCUGCUAAAGCUGAUGGAGAAGCAGCAGAUGGUCUCGAGAUUCGAGGAGGUGUUCCGUCAGAUGUGGAUCAACAACGGCAACGAGGUCAGCAAGAUAUACGCGGGCACCGGCGCCAUCCAGGGCAGUUCUAAGCUGAUGGACGGCGCGAGAUCGGCAGCUAGAACGAUACAGAAUAACCUAUUGGAUUCCAACAAGCAGGAGGCAAUCGAUAUCUUAUUAUUAGGCUCAACGUUGAACACGGAACUGGCUGACAGAGCACGUUUAUUGUUGUCGUCCAACAUGUUGCACGCCGCGCCGAAUCUCUUGCGGGAGGUGUGCAAGCGCUAUAACGAGUACACGAAUACGAUGAACCUCAGGGUGAGCAUCGGUACUUACAACGUUAACGGGGGCAAGCAUUUUAGAAGCGUGGUUUACAAGGAUGUAUCCCUGUCGGACUGGUUAUUCGAUGGACCAGGCAAAUCUUCGUCCUUGGUAUCGCUACAGCAGCAAGACAACGUUCCCGUAGAUAUAUUCGCGAUAGGAUUCGAGGAGAUCGUCGACCUGAACGCCAGUAAUAUUAUGGCCGCCAGCUCGGACAACGCCAAGGCUUGGGCCGAGGAGCUGCAGAAGAUACUGUGCAAGGACACGGAAUACGUCCUCGUGACGUACCAGCAGCUGGUCGGCGUCUGCCUGUACCUGUUCAUACGACCUGUGCAUGCGCCGUAUCUGCGAGACGUGGCGGUGGACUGCGUGAAAACGGGACUGGGAGGCGCCACCGGGAACAAAGGCGCCGCAGCGAUCAGAUGCGUGCUGUACUCCACGUCCUUCUGUUUCGUGUGCGCGCACUUCGCCGCCGGCCAGUCCCAGGUGGCCGAACGUAACGCCGACUAUGCCGAGAUCACGAGGAAGAUAACGUUUCCCAUGGGUAGAACCCUGAACACUCACGAUUACGUGUUUUGGUGCGGUGACUUCAACUACAGAGUCGAUAUGGACAAGGAUGAUAUGAAGGAAUUGAUCAAGCAAAACGAAUUCGACCAGAUACUGCAAUACGACCAAUUGAGGGUUCAGCAAGAACAGGGCAACGUCUUUAAGAACUUCCAAGAAGGACCCAUUACUUUCGCUCCUACAUAUAAAUAUGAUCUGUUCUCGGAUGAUUACGACACCAGCGAGAAGUGUCGCACACCCGCAUGGACGGAUAGAGUUCUGUGGAAGCGCAGGAAACAAAUACCUGACAUUGACUCGCCUACAGAUUGGAAUCCAGGAAAGCUCGUUUAUUACGGCAAGGCGGAAUUGAAGCAGAGCGACCAUCGACCGGUACUCGCGACGAUCGAUAUAGAUGUGCACUGUAUCGAUCCCGAGAAACGCGAGCGCGUGUUCAAGGAGGUGAUACAGGAUCUGGGUCCGCCCGACGGCACGAUAAUAGUCAAGGCGGUGGAGGACGUCGAGGAUAUGGACAGCGUGUUCGAUAACAAUCUCAUGUUCGCGCUGAUACAGGACCUAUCUCAUAUCGGCGAGGCAAUUCUAGUACGUUACGUCGGCGAGACUAUCUGGGUGACAUUCAGGGACGGCCAGUGCGCCCUGGCCGCGGCGAAGAAGGGCAUGACGCAGGUGUGCGGCCAGACGUUGAAACUGUCGCUGAAAUCGCCCGACUGGGUGCAGCUGAUCGAGAAGGAGAUCGAGAUCUGCAGCAACACCACGGUCGCUCAGUUCACGGCGGACUCGCCAUUGAGAAGUCCCAUGCAACGAUUGGAGCAGCUGGAGAUCGCCGAGCGACCGGCGAUUUCCUCCCCCAGCAGAGGCAGCCCGAACGGCGUGAUGCCACCUCCGCGACCGGCGCCACCGGGCCGGCCCUCUCAGCCACCGAAGAGUCCAAUUCACGAGCGAAAGCAAGUGCCACGAGCGGGCGUCUUCAGCGUGAUUCCCAGCCAGUUUUCGCGCCCGGUGACGCCGCCGGUCGCGGACGUGGUGGAGGAUGAUGAUCGGCAAGACGAGAGACUGUCACCGGACUCGGCCAUCUACGAGGAGAUACUUGACGGAUCGCCCAGCUAUCCCGUACCGAACCGGCCGCCGCCGCCGUUACCGCGUAUGGACGGUCCUCAGGAGUCAAUGAGCAGGCCACCGCCCAGCUCGGUACCUCCUCCGUUGCCGCACAGGCAAGCCCCGCCGCCUCCGCAACACCCACCACCGAGUCUGCCACCGCCGAACGCUCCGCCGCCCGUUCCAGCGAGAACCACCGGUGGGCCGCCCAUUCCGGCGAGAAAUCCUCACUAAAAAUGAAAAAAGAGAAGCGAAGUAGAUAGGACGCAUAAAUGGGACGCAUAUCCUGUUAGGCCAGACUUCCGGUACGUUUAGCGUUAAUCUUAGUACGUGUGAUUAUUUAUGAGAUUAAACGACGAGACGACAGUAGUCGUUCGCGAGUCUUCACUUCCAAACUGAGUUCCAGAUCCGCGCAUAGCAUAGUUAGGAAAUCCCGAAUCCGCUCUGUGCGAUUACUCUGAAAGUGAUCGGUGGUUAUCACGAGUAGAACGUAAUCGCAAGUUAUUUUCGAUCCCCGAUCGCGAGCGUAAUUAUAAUUGUAGAUUUGUACUCGUAGAUCAUUCUUGAGCUUAUCGAACACUAUAUUUUGCGUAUCCAUGUUGGUGGUAAUAUAUAAUCCUGUUGACCUGUUCUCGCCGACGACGCGGGAAACCACUGUUUUCGCUCCGAGAUGUUUAAAAACGGCACAAACGGCUAUUGUUCGAAGAUUUCCAAUCGAUUUAUAACUGUUGACGUGUGACACAGAUUUAAAAUGUAUAUUUAAAGCCCGUUGAAAAAUCGUUGUAAAAUUGGAUAUAUCACGAACACGUUAAUAUAAUUAUCAGAGUUUAAACGGCAAAAAUACUUGCGGUAAUAAUGUUAUAGUUGUCACUGCUUGUAUUAUAUAUUAAUUAACCUAAGAUGUAUAACUCUCAGUGUUAGAAUCACUUUUAAGGCUUAGGGAGUCUUCACGAUAUCUUAGUAGCGUAAAAAACUACCAAAAAUACAAAAACUGCGGCAAGACUCCGAGGAGCGCAAACUUAAUUUUACACUCAAUCGUGUGUAGCACGGUGCGACAGAAAGAAAAGGGUAGACUCAAACACAACAGUAUUCUCACAGAUGCAAGGUAAGAUAUUCUCUUAUAAAUUACCCACCCGAAUUUCCGUCUUUCUUGCACGGGAUGCUUGAAAGCGGCUAAUUCUACUAAUUUAAGGUCAUCGUGUAAUUAUAUUUCGUUUACAUCUCUCUUUCCUUUAAUUUUAAAGUUCCUAUACUUUACAUUCCAUUAAAAAAAUUUCUAGAACGUCCGUCCCAACGGGUCCAACGCCCACCUAUAUAUAUUUUUUCUUAAACCCUCGCAAUUUUUGUUCUCCAUGUUUUCUAUUGUGCAUAGAUAGUGCAGAUGUCCUGCGAUUUUGACUGUCACAUUAGUUACGGAGUGAACAACGAAUGCGAAUUAAAUGGGAAAUAAAGUUGUCUCGUUCACUGUAAGCGUUAUUCAUAAACGUAAUUCACAAAAAAAAUCUGGAUGUCAUACAUAUGGCAGUCAAAAUGUUAAUUUAUGAGUGUUUUCCAACAAGAUAGACAUAUGGCAGUAUGACACUAUCUAUCUAUCUAUCUAUAUAUAUAUAUAUAUGUAUAUGUAUUCAACAUGGAGCAUUUUAAUUGCAAUACAAUGUCGCACUGCUCGACAUUGUAAAAACUUAAGUACAAACGUCUCAGUCUUAUUUACAUUUCAACAAAUUUUAUGGUUAACUGUAGUAAUAACUGUGUUCAUUUUUUGAUACAAAUCUAUAAAGAUUUCGAAUUUUUUCUUAAAUUUCUUUUGGCGGUUUCUUUUAAAAAACAAAUAUUCAAGGUCAAAUAUUAAAAAACAAUAUUCAAGAUAAAAUGUCACAACACUUGUUGUACUAACUGAUGUUGUAUUAUGUGUUGUAGUUUUUAUUUAAUUAUUAUACUAACAAAUAAAUGACUAACGAUAAAAGUAAAAAUCUGUAUAUUUUGAUACUCUUAGUAACUGAGCCUAGAGUUCUACAACCACUUCAAAAAGUAUUGUACAUGAUGCAACACAGUGUAUUGUCCUUGCUGGAAAAUACCCAUUAUAAAUUGUACAUAAUCCUAUUUAAUCCUUAAUUUUCAUCACUUCCAGUUCAGUUACAUAAAGGUGGCUCUAAUCGCGGGAAAGUGGACGUAUACGUACGUGUAAAUUAGUAUAACAAAAAUAAUAUAGCCAAUACAAAAGAGAAAAUUGUUUCCGACGUACACCUAUAUUACAUGUACAAUACGGGUUUCGUCCUGCACCUCGGCAACACGCACUUCUUAAUGCUUGCGUGCGUAGUUGAUGCGUUUUAUCAAUUAGAUCGAUCCUCACCUGUACAAGAUGUAAAACAUUGGACAUGUAUAUA